AACCCACCAUAUUCUCGAAUGCUGAGUCCGUGCGCUUAUAACAAUAUACCCUCAAUUCUCUCAUUAUUUACGAUUUUGUCCGGAAUUUUGUGUUUAUAGCUAUUCCUUUUACUUCUUGAACCUUUCUGCUUUUAGCUAACUCUGUUGAUUAAAGUCCAUCAGCUUUUCCCAGAAACAAGACAGUAGUCUCUUCACUUCUCCUACCACCCACCCCACCCCACCCCACCCCCAAGAGAACAGCUGCUCAGCCUUGGCAAAGGCUGGCAAGUUUACAUCCAGGUUUUGGUUUUGAGUUAGACUGUCCACGGUCCAAGCCCAGACUUGGCUAGUAAGGCUUGCGGAGAGUUUAGAUGGGGCAUGAUCUGAAUAUUGAGCAGCAAGUGCCAGAAGGUAUUCUGAGAGGCAUAAAUUUCAGUAUCUUAUCAGAGACUGAUGCAGCCAAAUUGUCAGCUAAGGUAAUUGGAGUAGUUAAUGAAGUAACAGAUCCGGCGUUGGGGUUUCCAAAUCCAAUCUUUCAGUGUUCAACAUGUGGUGCAAACGAUGGGAAAAAAUGUGAAGGUCAUUUUGGUUUAAUAAACUUCCCAUAUACAAUUCUGAAUCCGUAUUUCGUAUCGGAGGUUGCUCAGAUCCUGAAGAAAAUAUGCCCAGGAUGUAAAUCUGUGCGUCGUGAUAAGGUCAAGGGUGCUGAUAGGACAUCUGCUUGCAAAUACUGUGAUGGAAUUUUUAGAGGUUAUCCGCCAACAAAAUUUAAAGUAUCUCCUAAAGACAUGUUUGGGAGGACUGCCAUUAUCGCAGAAGUGAAUGAGAAUUUGUUAAAGAAGCUUCAGCAAACUACUGGAGGAAGUUUGGCUUCUGACUAUUGGGAUUUCAUCCCAUAUGAUGCACAACAAGAAGCAAGUGUAAAUUCGUCAAAUUACAAAAGAGUUUUAUCACAUGCUCAGGUAUAUAGCAUUCUGAAAGAUAUUGAUCCAGGGUUUCUUGAAGGACUUCUCAGAAGGAAGAACUCAAUCUUCCUUAAAAACUGCCUUUUGACUCCUAAUAGUCAUCGUGUCACAGAAUUUGGGCAGCACAUGAUAUUUGAUGAAAGUAAUAGGCUUUACAGAAAGUUGAUAGACUUUAGAGGGACAGCAAAUGACUUGAGCAUGUGUGUUUUAGAUAGAAUUAAAGUUUCCAAGAUACGUGCAGAUAGAUCUGUAAUCAAUGAUCCUAAUGCCCCUCCUACUGGUUUGAAGUAUGUGAAAGAAUUGGUUCUGGCAAAACGCACUAAUCAUGCUUUCCGCAUGGUUGUAGUUGGUGAUCCUAACAUAGAGCUAGGUGAAAUUGGUAUUCCAUGUCAUGUUGCUGAGAAUCUCCACAUGGCAGAAUCUGUAAGCUUACGGAAUUGGGAAAGGAUGACUGAUCUCUGUGAUCUUAUGAUUCUUCAGAGAGGAGGGAUUCUUGUCCGUAGAAAUGGUGACUUAGUUCGUAUUAGUGUAAUGGACCGGUUGCAGAGAGGGGAUAUUAUACAUAGACCUCUUAUUGAUGGAGAUGUUGUGUUGAUAAAUCGACCUCCGUCUAUUCAUCAACACUCACUAAUUGCUCUGUCUGUUAGGAUUCUUCCAAUAAAUUCUGUUCUUUCUAUCAAUCCCCUUGUCUGUUCUCCAUUCCGUGGGGAUUUUGAUGGUGAUUGCCUUCAUGGUUAUAUUCCCCAAUCAAUCGAUUCUAGGAUUGAGCUUAGUGAGCUUGUUGCUCUGAAUCAGCAGUUGCUUGACGGACAGAAUGGUCAAAAUCUUCUUUCAUUAAGUCAUGAUAGCUUGACUGCUGCUCAUUUAAUUUUGGAAUCUGGAGUUUUCUUGGACCGCUUCCAGAUGCAGCAGCUACAAAUGUUUUGUCCCCGUCAAGGGGUGAUGACGGCUAUCGUAAGAGCACCAUCAGGAAACAUGUGUUAUUGGACUGGUAAACAGUUAUUCAGCUUGCUUUUGCCAUCAGACUUUGAAUAUGUUUUUCCAUCAAAUGGUGUCUGUAUUAGUGAGGGGGAAAUUGUGACAUCUUCUGGUGGGUCUUCUUGGCUGCGUGAUGCCAGUGAUAAUCUUUUUUAUAGUCUUGUUAAACACCAUGGAGGUGACACUCUUGACCUCCUUUAUGCUGCACAAACAGUUCUUUGUGAGUGGUUAUCAAUAAGGGGCCUUAGUGUUUCAUUGUCCGAUCUUUACAUAUCUUCUGAUUCAUAUUCCCGCGAAAAUAUGAUUGAUGAAGUCUUUUCUGGUUUGCAAGAAGCAGAACGGUUAUCUUAUAUCCAAUUGCUGAUGAUAAAGUAUAAUAAGGAUUUCCUUUCUGGAAGCAUAGAAGAAAGCAAGAAUUCCAUGGGUUUUGAUUUGGAGUUUAUGUCCAUCAUGCAGCAGAAAUCAGCUUCCCUGAGUCAAGCUUCUGCUAGUGCUUUCAAGAAAGUUUUCCGGGAUAUCCAGAAUUUGGUAUAUAAUUAUGCAAGCAAUGACAAUUCAUUUCUGGCUAUGUUAAAAGCUGGGAGUAAGGGCAAUCUGCUAAAACUGGUCCAACACAGCAUGUGUCUUGGUUUGCAGCAGUCUUUGGUUCCAGUAUCAUUUAGAAUGCCCCGUCAACUUUCUUGUGAUGCAUGGAACAAUCAUAAAUCACAUCUUGUUAUUGAGAAACCGCAUAAAGUUCCUGAAUGUCCUGGUUCUUACAUCCCGUGUGCUGUGGUUAAAAAUUCAUUUCUUGCGGGUUUGAAUCCUCUAGAGUGUUUUGUGCAUUCAUUAACCACCCGUGAUAGCUCUUUUAGUGGACAUGCUGAUGUUUCUGGAACUUUGAACCGCAAGCUUAUGUUUUUCAUGCGUGAUCUGUACAUUGAAUAUGAUGGAACAGUGAGAAAUGCUUAUGGGAAUCAAAUUGUGCAGUUCUCUUACUACGAAGCAGAGCAAAUUGCUUCUACUAAGGGCACUGGUGAAGCCCUAGAAAGUCAUAACCAUGCAAUUGGUGGUCAUCCUGUUGGUUCAUUGGCAGCCUGUGCCAUUUCAGAAGCUGCAUACAGUGCUUUGGAUCAACCUGUCAGUGCACUUGAGUCAUCACCUUUACUAAACCUGAAGAAAAUAUUGGAAUCUGGAGGAGGGAGUCGUAGUGGCGAGAAAACUGCAUCAAUGUUUCUUUCAAAAAGACUUGGCCGAUGGGCUCAUGGUUUUGAAUAUGGAGCUUUAGAGGUCAAGGGUCAUCUGGAAAGGCUUCUUCUUUCAGAAGUUGUUUCUACAGUAAUGAUAUGCUUCUCCCCCGAAACACGUAAAAGCACUCACAAUUGUCCCUGGGUCUGUCAUUUUCAUAUAGAUAAGGAAAUAGUUAAGACGAGAAGGCUGAAGUUGAGAUCAGUUUUAGAUGCUCUUAAUAUGAGAUAUAGAGCCGCAACAAAGAAAGCUGGGAAUGAUCUUCCAAAUCUGCAUAUAACACGCAAGGAUUGUUCAGUUGCUGAAGCCCGAAAAGAGAAGUCCGAAAUUUGCAUCACUGUUUCUAUGGUUGAGACCUCAAAAGAUCCUUCUUCACUUCUGGAUACUCUUCGUGAUGUGGUGAUUCCAUUCCUUCUUGAGACGGUGAUAAAAGGUUUCUCCGCAUUUAAAAAAGUUGAUAUCUUAUGGAAAGAGUUGCCAAGUCCUUCAAAAUCUUCCAGAGGCUCUACCGGGGAACUGUAUUUGCAGGUCUUCAUGUCAGAAAGCUGUGACAGAAUCAAAUUCUGGAAUGCGCUUGUGGAUAGUUGCCUCCAGAUAAGGGAUUUGAUUGAUUGGGAACGCAGUUAUCCUGAUGAUGUCCAUGAUCUGACUGUAGCCUAUGGAGUUGAUGUAGCAUGGGAGUACUUUCUAUGUAAACUACAUUCAGCUGUCUCUGAAACUGGCAAGAAAAUCCUUCCCGAACACUUGGUACUUGCAGCAGAUAGUCUCACAGCUACAGGAGAAUUUGUUCCCUUGAGUGCCAAAGGGCUGACGCUGCAAAGAAAGGCUGCUGGUGUUGUUUCACCAUUUAUGCAAGCGUGCUUUUCGAAUCCAGGGGACUCAUUUGUUAGGGCUGCCAAGAUGGGAUUAAGUGACGAUCUUCAAGGGAGUCUUGAAUCAUUGGCAUGGGGAAAGACUCCUUCCAUAGGGACUGGUUCUUCAUUUGACAUUAUCUUCUCUGGAAAGGGAUAUGAGCCUGCUGAACCGAAAGAUGUGUAUGCUCUGCUGGGCAACUUUGUUACAUCGGAUAAGCCAACGGUGAAGGUCACUCUUGAUGAAGACAAUGAAAUGGAUGGAAAGUCUCUUGCUCGGCGUCUUUAUAAGCUUGAUGAUCUCAAUAAGAAGAGUUGUAAAAGCCAGUGGUUAAUUGCAAAUCUGAGAAGUUUCCUUUCAUUCAACGACAUAAAAAAGCUCUCUCAGUCAUUGAAACAAAUGUUGUCCAAAUAUGCUAUUGAUCGUGAAUUGAGUGAAGCAGACAAGUCCAUAGUAAUGAUGGCAUUACAAUUUCAUCCCCGGAGGAGUGAGAAGAUUGGAAAAGGAGCACAGGAAAUUAAGAUUGGUUACCACAAAGAGUAUGAAGAUUCCCGCUGCUUUAUGUUGGUGCGUUCAGAUGGAACAGUUGAAGACUUCUCUUAUCGCAAGUGUAUGCAACAUGCUCUGGAACUGAUUGCUCCUCAAAAGGCAAAAACCUCUAAAUGGUUGAAUGGAGCAUCAGCAUAAGUUGCUGUUUUAAUUCACUUGGUUACGGGUAUGGUAUGCGUAAUAAAUUUGGUGCGUGUUAAGUAUCUGGCACAAAUACGUGCAAUUUUUGAACACCUGUUAGACACGGGUAGGUCAAGACAAUUGACGUUACUCAUGUAACAUAGUUUGUACCAUGUCCGUAAACCAAUUUAGUAUACCCCGUUAUCUUAUGCUUCUUUUUGCUGCUCCCACUAAGGUUUGUUUGCCUUUCAUAGAGUCUAAGGCAAAGGGAAAUUAGUGGGAGUAGCAACGAAAAGCUCUGAGGGGAUUAUGCAUUUCUUGUUGUAUUAGUAGAAUGUUUCAUCAAUGAAAACAAAUUUCAGA